GUUCCUGGGACCAGACUAAGCCACAGAAACCAGAACCAUGUCCUCCAGGAUCAGGAUGAGAUAGUAGCUACUCCCCUCAGAAACAGGAACUUGGGCAAGGAGGCUCCUCGGUCUUCUGUGAUGCCGUCAGAGGAAGCGGGUGGUUGUGAGAACCACAGAGACUACAGCCGAAGCCAGCACUCCAAGAACCUGCACCUGUGGGUCUGACAGCGCUCAGAGGCUGACCUUGUUCACUGGCUGGCUGUGCUGGGAGGGCUGCCCUGUCCGAGACUGCUAAGGAGCACAGGCUUCUGUCCCCAGCCCAGUGUACACACUACGGGCCACAGACAGGUGCUGAGCUUCCCAAGCCAACUCCAAGAACCUCUCUGAAGGUCGUCCAGAAGGCCCUGACAUGUCCAGCUGAAGCGUGCGUUUCAGCUGAAUGUCAUCCCCAAGCCUCUGACAACAAGAAACCAAGUCCUCUCAGCAAUGUGCUUCUGAGAGUCCUGCUGAGGAAUCAUGGGAAGCCUGCCCAGCAGAAGGAAAACACUGCCAAGCGCAGGCGUGAGCCCCUGUGUCCACGGCCAGGGAGCUGGGCCCCUGCAGACAGAGAGGUGCAAGGUCACAGCUGUGGCCCUGGGCAGUUUCCCAGCCGGCGGGCAGGCUGAGCUGUCUCUGAGACUGGGAGAACCACUGACCAUCAUCUCUGAGGAUGGAGACUGGUGGAUGGUGCUGUCACAAGUCUCAGGCAGAGAGUACAGAGUGCCCAGUGUGCAUGUGGCCAAAAUCUCCCAUGGGUGGCUGUAUGAGGGCCUGAGCCGGGAGAAAGCUGAGGAACUUCUACUGCUAUCUGGAAACCCUGGAGGGGCCUUCCUCAUCCGGGAGAGCCAGAGCCGGAGAGGCUGUUACUCGCUGUCAGUCCGACUCAGCCGCCCCGCAUCUUGGGACCGGGUCAGACACUACAGGAUCCAGCGCCUUGACAAUGGUUGGGUGUACAUCUCCCCUCGCCUCACCUUCCCCUCGCUCCAGGACCUGGUGGACCAUUACUCUGAACUGGCAGAUGACAUCUGCUGUGUCCUCAAGGAGCCCUGUGCCCUGCAGAGGUGCAGCGUACUCCCUGUCAAGGACAUACCCCCACCUGUGACCGUGCAGAGGACAUCCCUCAAUUGGAAAGAGCUGGACAGCUCUCUCCUGUUUUCUGAAACUCCCACCACGGGUGCAGCAUCUCUCCUCAGCGAGGGGCUCCGAGAGUCCCUCAGCUCCUACAUCAGCCUGACCGAGGAUGUCUCCUUGGACAGUGCCAAGGGCAGAAGCAGAGGUCGAAAGGGUAACCCAGGCUGUGGCACCUAGAAGCCCAACUUAGCUCAGCCCGAGCACCCCGGAAGCAAGGCUGCUCAGUGUGGGGAGGCCUGGGGCACAGGUGCAUCUGGACUUCCACCUGGACCUCCCACUUCCUCCUCUCGGCCCUAAGAAGUUGCUUACCUCCUCCCUGGCCACGACCCUGUGGGCAACUUCGGUCUGCAGCACAGGACAGCUGGGGGUGGGCUCAGUGCUCCAAGAAGGGAGUAAACAUCCUGUGGGGUCUGUUCAGGUCCUGAUCUAGGGAAUUCCAGCUCUACCUCUGUCUCCUGCCUGUUGAGUUCCAUUCUGCAUGCUAUUAACCAGCCCUAUUUAUAAUGUAGUCAACCACUAACAUUGAAGAGGAAAAAGAAUAAUUUUAGAACAACUUCCUCUCUCACCUCAGAGGAAGACUGUGGCCCAGAAGGAAAGCAGGUGGCUAAUCGCAGCAGAUCCUCAGCUUCCAGCUCUACUUGACCCCAGAACAAGCAGGACCACUGACAGCCCAGGUCCUCCCAUGGGCCCCAUGAGCCUUCUCUGAACAGCCCCAGCUUUCAGAUCUCCAUUUCAUUCUGUAGCUUCUUCAAAACCAACCAAGCUCCUCGGCCUAGCUAUCUCGUGGCCAAAUACAGUGACCCUCCACCCCUUCUCACUAUGCAGCUCAGGCCUGUGCCUUGCCUCAGCCUCCCAGGAUCACAGGCGUGCACCCCUGCACCUGGCUCAGAGCAACGCUGGUGGAGCCAAACAUGGUGUGGGUGAGUGCAGAGCAGCGUGCAGGCGCGGGCACAAGGAGGCAGGGAGCCCUGUCCACAACACACCAAGCACAGCCCACACCAACUACACCUCAAGGUCUCUGCUGCCCACGACAAAGUCCUGGCUGCAGCAGCAAAGGCAGCAGAGCGAAAAAGGAGCUAUCU